AUGAUUCAACAACUGAUGAAUUGUUUGUUGAAUCAUCCAAUUCGCGCUCGCUCUAAAAAAGAGACUAUCCACAGUAUAAAUAGAGAAUCAACAAGAACUGCCAUUUGCCAGAAAACUCUUCUUUCGAUAAUAAAUCAAUCCUUACACUCAAAGAGAUUUCUAAAACAAACAAUGGCUGGAGAAUUCAGACUACACCAACUUUUCUCUGAAAUAGAGAAAGAAGAAAAAUUUAUACAGGAGCGCAAGGAACUCCUUAUAAGGUUCUGGAAAAAACUUCCAACAGACACUCCACUCAGGGAAGCAGAGCUCAGACUCAAAGCCCUACGGGAAGAGCAGAACUCUCUUGCGAGAGAAAUGACAUUAAAACACCGAGGUAACGGAAGUGAAGGCAACUCAACAGGAGGAAUAAUAAGAGGAGCACAGGGAGAAAAUUGA